GUAGCCACUCCGUGCCACCCGACACCGCUACCCUAUUGUGAGCGUAUCGCAUAUUUGCCAAACAAACAUUGGCCUUGGCACAUAUACUCAUAAGUCUCGUGUAAACUUGUAAGAUAGUAUUUACGUAGUAGUCAGUAGGGGGAUGGUCCUACCAUGGGCUGCGUGCCGAGCACACCGAAGGUUCAUACGGACAUAUCCUCACCAUUUUCCCAACAGAUGGCGUGGAAAUCAGCAGGCAAAGGCGAGACGCUGGUGGCGGCGCUGGCGCGGCUCGACGAUGAGAUCGCGAGCAGCGAACGCACAUACCCUGCCGCCAGGCUUGCUGUGGUAUCCGCCGAGCUUGCUAGCAUACAGGAGGAAAUCAAAAGUUUCGAGGACGCCACAUCUACCAUGACGAACAAAGACAGCUACGCCAAGACGAUUCAUCAGGUUUUCGUCAGCUUGGACAUAUACAGACGUCCAGUGCUCGCGUCAGAAAAUGAAGACUUCGUGGCUAAUAUUAAUCGGAAGGAAAUGCGUCGACUGGAGCUGAGCUGGCUACAGACACGGCUGGGAGAGCUUCAACGAGAGCGGCGCACCCUACACGCUCAGAUUCUGCGCACGCGCUCCCUUUACGCGCAGCUGCAGCAGCUACUAGAUAGCGUCUGGGCCAAUACUCUACGCCCCGGCACGCCGCUCGAAGACGCGCUAUCCCGCGCGCGCGGGCUGCGGGACGCGCUGGCGGCUGUGAGCGCGCGCCUCCGCGCCGCAGCCGAAUACGCGCAUGCUGCGGUGCGGCUGCUGGACGACGCGCUGCCGGCUUGGAAGCUUAGCGGCGUGGGCAAAACCGGCUGGGAGCGCACAGCAGCUUGCGCCGACGCUUGCAGACUGUUCGUUCAAGCGCGAUGUCUCGAACGCGGAGCGCGGCGCGUACUUUCAGCGCCCGCAGCGCCCCGCGCCGCUCGUACCCUGCGACUAGCGCUAGACUACGCGUUCACAGAUACUUCACAUGACUAUAAGUACCAAAGGGCUACGGAGAUAUUCGUACAGUUUAAAGAAGCACUCGUGCAAAUGAUCAACUCCAUUCAUCAAGUGCUCCUCACCAACCUGGAGAACCUCGCCCUGGCGGCGAAAGACGUGAAGGAACGGCGACGGGAACUGCGGGCCGCGAGAGUCAACGCCAUUGCCGGGAAGGGAUUGGCGGAUCUCCGAUAUGAGCCUGCUAGCUUGAAGACUGCUUUAAAUUAGGGCUAUUCAACUAUACAGGGUUAAUUGCUAUAAAAUAACUGCAUUCCCGUUGCCCGGGAGGUUUUGGGAUUCGCGAAAUAGAAAUAAAAAUUUGGGCAUUUUCUAUGGGAGGGUAAAUUUUUUUAGUAUAGUAGUAGUUGUAUGUUAGCAUAGUAAAAGUUGCUCAGUAUAAUCCCAAAACCUCCUGGAAACGGGAAUGCAGUUAUUUUUUAGCCGCCGUGUAUAUAUUUCGUGAGCGAAAUGAGAGCGUCAGCCACUCGGCCCUGUGCACACAGGUUGAGUGGGCGUAGUAGUGCACGUGCGCGUUGUAAUAUACAGAUCCUUAUGAGAGACGGCACACUGCUUGCGUGACAAGUGCGUGCACGGCUCUAUCAUUUAAGCGCACGCUUACGUGCACGUAUAAGCACAUGCAGCCGGUGUGCAC